CAUCAGUGUUAGUGGGUGGAACCUUAGCCGAAAGCUUCACCAAGCUUCGCCGCUUCAAGGCCCAAUCUCCUCUUCUCCCAAAAGGAAGGCAAGCUUUUUUUCUUGCUUCGCGCGAGCCGCUUUCAUCAUCCACCCGCACAAAACCUCCGCCCUCCCCCAAAUUUCUCAAACUACCGAUAAAUAAAUCAAAUCACCGUUCUCAGCUUAAUUAAUCGCGGGGACUUUUCGACAUACCGUCUACAGUACAUUCCGACGGCACGUAAAUCUUUCUAUCCUAAUUUGCUGUGAUACUCGCGCAAAAACAUCGACUUCCACCCACCGUAAUCCUGCAGCCUGCAGCCUUAUCUCCGCAUUCUCUCCCCUUCAAGUCCUACUCUAGGUCCCGCCAUUUUGACCGUCCAACCCUCUCGACGUGCGCCCGACACCGUCUAGCUAAACGCUGUUAGAAAGCUUCCGUAAAGCUUCGCUCGAUCAUACCUGUUAACGAGAGAUUUGCAUAUCCGACAGUUUAUUCUAUACUGUUACAACUCCCUUGUAGACCACCAAAAGUACAACUGUCAAGAUGUCGGGCGAGGCGUGGUUAUACCUCUUCGCCGUGCUAAUAAAUGCCGUCAACCUAUUCCUUCAAGUAUUCUUUACGAUUAUGUAUAGUGAUUUAGAAUGUGACUACAUUAACCCCAUCGACCUAUGCAACCGUCUCAACACCUAUAUCAUCCCCGAAGCUGCUGUACAUGGAUUCUUGACUUUCCUAUUUCUGAUCAACGGAUACUGGGUGGCACUGAUCCUCAACUUGCCGCUCCUCGCAUGGAACAUUAAGAAGAUUGUGGACAACACUCACCUGCUGGAUGCAACCGAGAUCUUCAGGAAGCUCAAUGUGCACAAGAAGGAAUCAUUCACCAAGCUGGGCUUCCAUCUGGUCAUGUUCUUCUUCUACCUGUACAGCAUGAUCGUUGCCUUGAUCAAGGACGAGACGAAAUAAGCUGCGAGACGUUGGGAUAAGCACAAUGAUAAACACGACGCAAACGAAACACCCUAACGGAAUGACUCUAAUGAGGCCACGAUUACAUAGGGUCUCCAGAUACCCGGCGGGAGCAUUGUCAAUCCAGACAACCCUGGAGCGAGCCUUAAAGUUGUGAAUUUGCUUGGAGAGGGGAGAAUUACCGGACGAGUUGAUGAAGCGGGAUGGAACGUGGUCCCUCGAUAGGUCGAUAGGGAUUGAAAAUGACCCGAUUGUCUCGUUCGAUGUGUGCGAUACCAUGGGAUAGGAUUGAAAUGAUGAUAGCGAGCGACCUGGGAGUAGGUCAGGUCUGUUGAAUUAGCAGUAUGUGCAAGUUUUUCGGGCCGGAGAUUCUCAUAGAUAAUAAAGUCACAAGAUAAUACCCCGACCCGUACGAAUUUAGUCAGUUUAACAUGCCAUUUAUAAGUAAUGUAAAUCAUUUAGCAAAUGUGAUCA